AUGUCAGGACCGAUGACUUCCGAGGUCGAAUACCUGUUGUCUCUCGAAGGAGUGAGAGAGCGCGCCAACCGUGUCUUCAAGAUUGCCAAAAGGGGCGGGCUCAAGCAUUUCCAUUACAAGCCCGAAUGCCUACCAGAGGUUGCGCACCUUGUUGCUCACACCAUCUCACGCGCCUACGGCCCAGACAAGUACCACGAAAUUCCUCCACACGGCCGUUGGCAGCAUUUCAACGUCGGCGGCGUCGACCGCGUAUCCCGGCUGCUGCAAGGGACAAGAGGGACGGCGGAUUCGAAAGAGCAGACACGAAUCUUGAUCGACUUGUUCUUCGUGUCUGUGCUCCUCGAUGCCGGUGCUGGAAAUCAAUGGAAAUACCGAGAAGCUGACGCUAAGAGCGAGACCGUGUACGAGCGGUCCGAAGGCAUUGCGGUGGCUUCGCUGUACAUGUUCGAGUCGGGCGGGUUUUCGUCCGACUCUGCACGUGCUAGGACUGUGGAUGGUCAGGCGCUCGUCAACCUCGACACGGAACAAUUCCUCUCUAAUUUCCAAAUAUCCACCCACAACCCUAUGGUCGGGGUCAAUGCUCGAAUCCAGCUUCUGAAGGAUGUGGGCAAGUCUCUGCUCUCGUUACCAGACAUCUUCGGGCCUCAGGGCCGGCCGGGCAAUCUUCUUGAUUACAUGCUCAACUCGGUCACGGGUACCGAGCCUUUGGACUACGCCACCCUCUGGUCUGUUCUUCAACGUCUACUGAUUCCUGCAUGGCCCAAGGACAGAACCAACAUUGGGCAUCAGGCGAUCGGAGAUGCCUGGCCGCUUGAAGUCCUCAAGGAGGAGGCUCAGUCAGCGGACGGAAAUGACGUGGCGGCGAGCAUACAACCCUUCCAUAAACUGACCCAGUGGCUUGCGUACUCCCUGGUGGUACCAUUCGACAAGCUACUGCAUCUCAAGUGGAAGCAUAUGGAGCUGGGCACCGGGUUGCCCGAGUAUCGAAAUGGCGGCCUUUUCGUGGACAUGGAUGUUUUGAGGCUCAAAGAAGACAGUUUACUCGCGGGCCAGUUAACUUCCGGGAGUGUGCUUCCCAUGUUCAAAGCAGACAGUGACGUUGUUGUUGAAUGGCGUGCGAUGACAGUGGCCCUGCUCGAUCAACUUCACGAGAUGAUCUCCACACAUUUCGAGGCACUGGGAAUCCAAAUCAGUAUGGCACAGAUGUUAGAGGCUGGUUCAUGGAAAGCCGGUCGCGAUCUGGCUGCCAGCAAACGGCCGCAAUCAAAAUCAAGUCCCAUCUUGAUCGAUGGCGAUGGUACGCUGUUCUAG